AUGUUCUCCAUAUUCUCGAGGUUCUGUAUGAGAGAACGCGGUAUAGUCCUGAUUUUCUUAUUUUUUGUUUCUUUUAAUACUUUGAAUUUUUACAAAGCUGAAGAAUGGUGUAGAGUAAGCACAAAUGGUGCAGAAUCUAAAUAUGAACAAUGUCUACCUGAAGAUAGUUCAUAUACCACCUAUGUUAUUGACAUAAUACCUUUAAUAUCGGAAGAUAUCUAUCUGACUGAGGAUAUCAUUAUCAAGCUAAACGGCACUGGAAAACAAACAAAACCAAUCACUAUAGUCACGCAAGAUGGAACUAUAACAAGGUUGUCUGUUGAUCGUAUUGAUGUUGGUGAUCUGACUUCCAUUGAUAUAAAUCUCAGUGAAUCUAAUUGGGGUUGUGAAAAAAUAACCGUUUUCAAGGGCUCAAAAUUUUGGGUUUUUGACUGCUCACCAUCGGGAGAUUUAAACAGUGAUGAUAAAACAACACGGUUUCUCUUGUCUGGAAAUAGGAUAUACACCUUGAGUAUACAAACCGGUAUUCAAAAGGAUGCAGGAACAAAUGGAACAAUAGGGCUUACUUUGAUUGGUUCAAAUGGAAAGACUAACGAAAAAAAAUUGUCUAAUUCAUUCGACUCUGGGUCCUAUCUAACGUUUCAAGUAAAGGCAGCAGAUAUUGGUGAUCUCAUCGGAAUUGUACUUUCUAAUGAUUCAAAAAACUCUCCAUGGUAUUGUGAAGAUGUUAGAGUGCUAAUAAAUGACAAUGUUAUUAAAGCAUUUCCAAUAAAACGGUGGAUUGGUGAACCUUACGAAGCUGUAAUAGAGAUAACCUCAGAAAUCGGGACAAGUAUUACUAACUUGAGUGAAACUUCCCCUAUUGAUAUACAAUGCAGUACUCGUGCUAUAGAUAUAUAUUCUGAGACAGUAACAAGAAAUUUCAAUAUUACUGUUAGAUGCCCAAUUAAUUGUCAAAACGAUCAUCUCAUCCACAUAGAAGGGUCAUCAUUGCAUCCAUCUUCUACAUCCAUAUGCGCAUCAGCUAUUUUUGAUGGCGUUAUGUCUCCAUCAGGGGGUGAAGUUGUAGUCUCAGUGGUAAAACCAGUAAAGAAGUUCUUUGGAGGUAACAACAAAGAAUACAAUUUAUUCUCUGAGGAUUAUGAACCAUCUGCAGAUGCGAACUACUAUAGUUUCUUCACAUUUUUAAACAAUAGUAUUGAUAACAUCGAUACAAAUGUGCGAUUGGUUGAUGGUUUUGGAAUGUUGAGCUCAUUUGGAAGACUUGAAGUACUUAAGAAUGGUAGAUGGGGAACUGUUUGCAAAAAGGGAAAAUCUGGCAUAUUUGAUAACAAUGCAGCAAGAUUAGUUUGCAAUACUCUAGGGUUUAAUAAAGCAAUAGUUAUCAAUGAAAACUGCAUCAAUGUGAACAAUCAGAAUCUAUGUGCUCCUACCGGAUAUGAUGUUUCAUAUGCAGGAAUAACAUGUCUUGGUAAUGAGGAUGAUAUUAAUAAAUGUAAUCUUGAGGAUCCAAGUAUAGAUUGCAAGAAUCACAAAGAUGAUGUUGUUAUUAAAUGUACGAACUCCCCUAUUACAAAUGAAAUCGAGUAUGGAACUUUGAGGAUUGUAGAUGCUACAGGUGCACCGUCCUCAACCGGAACUGGUAGACUAGAAAUCUAUAAUAACGGUUUUGGUAGUAUUUGUAACGAAUUUUGGACAAAGACUGCCGAAAAAAUAGCAUGCCUGGAAAUGGGAUAUUCUGGAGUUAGAAAUGGAGGAAUAUCCGAUAGAACCUGUUCAGAUUUCAAUGGAAUUAAUCUUUGUGCUCCAAUUUCAAAAAGGAUAGCUGCUAAUAGUUUUAAGUGUAUAGGAACAGAAAAUCGUUUGAAGCAAUGCUUUCACGACUCAAAUGAUGAUAUUUAUUGUACUCAUGAUCAAGAUGUUAUUAUUUCGUGCACUGGCAAUGGUGAUCCCAGUGAAUUCAGGCACAAACGGCGCGCAGAAGCAUUCACACCAACUAUGAAAAAAAUUGGAAAAACAAUAAAUUUAACAUGUUAUGACAACUUCCUAUCACAUUCUGAAUUCAAAAAUGAUAUCGGAAAAUAUGUUUUAGCGUUCUGCCCAAACGAUUGUAUGGAUGAACCCUCCCCUAUAAAAGGCACUUUUAUUUACACUAGCGACUCAUCAAUAUGUAAAGCAGCCAUUCACUCAGGGGUUAUAGAUAAUAAUGGUGGAGAGAUUGUAGUCAUAACUGGUAUCAAUCAACCCAUGUUUUAUGGCUCAUCCAUGAAUGGCAUUACAAGCAUAAGUGUGUCAAGAGAUGGUGAUGAUCCAAAGAUGCGUUCUUUUAUGAUUUCUAAGGCUACAAAAUUUAUUAUGUCUAACCAAAUAAAGUCAAAACCUAAAAAGGGAACUCACCUCGUAAACCCUAUUAAACCAGCAUCCGAAAAGUCCACUGUAUAUGUACCAUCCAAGUUUACUUGGAUUCCAGAUAUAGGAUGGAAAGGUUUUAACGGUAAAUCAAGUGAUUUCAUAACUACAAAAGAUAUGCCUGGCGAUAAACUUAUAAAGGCGUUCAAGGACUUUACAUUCAUAGUUACUCUUGUCCCUACGGGUGGAAAUGGAAAAUGGAAUACAAUUUUCUCUUUUCAGAACUGUGGUGGAUUGACAUGUGUUAUUGACAACUUUGGUGAAAUAAUCUUACAGGAAAAUUGCAAAGCACAUCUUCUGAAGACGUCUUAUUUUCCGGCUACAGGAAAACAAAUUCACCUUGCUAUAAUGUACUAUAAUCUAACAAGAGAUCUUUGCAUGUUUGUAAAUGGAGAAAUGGUUGUCAAUGAGACAACGGAAUUCGAUUUCGAUUUGCAAGGUGAGCUGAUAAUCGGAAAGGCAGGUGAUACCGAUUCCGACUAUUUUAUCGGCCAAAUCACUUCGUUUGAAGCAUACGGUUAUACUAUAUCACCGGAGCAGAUAAGACAUAAUAUGCUUGAACGUAAUAACAAUUUUUAUGAACACCUAUCAAAGGUUCGUGUAACCAUGGAAGGGAAUGUAUGUUUAAGCAAAUGCAUCAAAAGAUCAACUAUCCCAAUCAAGGAUAAAAAUAUUAAUGUAACGAAUCCAGCGAUCUCACUUGGUUGUGCAGAUACGCUUCAUAAUGAAAAUUUUAAUGGGCCAAUUGGAAAACAAUUCUUAGUAUCAUGUACUAAAUCAUGCAUUGACGCAAAUGUUCCUGUGAAAGGAAGUAAAAUUUAUACAUCUGACAGUUCUAUAUGUAAAUCAGCACUUCAUGCCGGUGUUAUACCAAAAGAAGGAGGUGAACUUAUUGUUACAACUUUAUAUGGGUUCGCUAGCUACGACAACUGCCAUGGCCACUUUGGUACAGUUAUCAGUUAUAGCGUAUAUAUGAUAUUCAGGAAUAACGAGCCAGAAAUCAAACGUACCGUAUCUGAGGUCGUUCUCGGUGCACAGAGCACCUCAACUUCUACACCUAUCUUGUACAGAUGUCUAUGGUUCAGGUAUUGUACAAGUUAUGUGCCAAUUUUAAAUGUAUUAGGUGUAUACAGUCCUAUUUCAUCACUGUGCCAAGCUGCAAUACACUCUGGAAAGAUGGAUAACAGUGGUGGUGAGGUCGAAAUUGAAGUUAAAGGAAAGAUGAACAAUUUCCAGUCAAACAAUUCAAAUGGAAUCCUAUCACGUUCUAGUGGGCAAUACCUCAAAAGUUUUUCAGUCAUUGAAUCGACGAAAAAAUAA